AUGGCAAAGUCUUGGAGUGGCGUUAUUCUCGCAGACAACAGCAGUACCUCACAUCUCGUCACCUUGUCCGCCCAGCACAACCCAACCACAUGGCUUGGAGAGCGGAGUGCCCUGCGCUUCCUCGCAAUUGUUGACGUCCAUCUGAUCCCACUCCAUCUAUUUACCGGCGUUCAGUACAGUGUCGCCACUGAAGACGCAGAAACUGCGCAAUGGUUUCGCAGCUGUUUAUUGACUCCGCAGUAUGAAGGGUCUGCCACAAGUCCACCAUGGUGGGAAUCUGGUCGCCCGGACUCACCCACAGGGAUCCUGGUCGGUGUCGAGACGAGCCAGGAAGUGGAACCGAAUCAAGGCGCGAGCGUUACCGAGCUACUUUUCUACGCAUCACGGACCGUGCCAGUAACGGCGCCACCACCUUCGCCGCCUUCGUCUCCUUGUGCACUAGUGACUGGCGCCGUACGGACUGCUGAGGGCACCUUCGGAGUCUAUGCGCUUGCACUAUCUUCAGACCUCGACGUGACGACAGCAGGGCCUACCCCACCAAGCUCUCCACGGUCGGAGGCACCAGAGAUCGAGGCAGUAUUCCUGCCUCAGCGCAAGCUUGGUCUCGCCGAAGUCAUCCACGAGCCACCGGUCCGGAAGCGCAGGAAUGUCAGUGAUGCAUUCGACGAAGCAGCAGAACGACGCAAAAAGGCGCGUCGAAAGGGCGGAGAAGGUGUCGCGGCCGCAGCGGCCGUCCAGGCUGAAAGCGACAUGCCGUCUUUGAAGCAUCGUCGAACAAUCAGUGGCACGACAAGCCAGUCCGUACCUUUGCAAACGAGACCAUUGUCGAGAUCACCAAGCGUAGCGUCUUCGAGACCCAUCACAGCCCGCGCGCCUUCCGAGGCGCCCAAGCGAUCCGCACUAUCACGCGUGCAAAGCAUCUCGGUUGCGGGCGAAAACAAUUCCAUUGAGGACCAGAAUAAAGAGCUUGUCUCUCGCAUCGUUAUGGCAGGCAUGCGCCUUUACGGACUGUCGCGAUCUAAGGAUCGCAAACCGCGGACCACUAUGUCUGAACCGGGUUACGCUGCUGUUGCGUCUGGACAGCUGAAGGAGGAGACGGCACCAGAAGAAGAAUACAAGCUGGUAUAUCAUCAGGUGUUCAAAGGCACCUGCUUCGCAUUUCGCCGUCGCUUGGCUGUCAAUUUGCUGCAAUUGCACGCUGAAGCCGUUCAGGACAUCGUGGACAGAUUGCUUGGCCUCUAUUGCAACGAUCCUCUUACUGAUGGGCUGCCCUCCGUGGCAGACGAGUUCACCCCCGGAGGCGGAAGAGUGCUUCAACGUUCUCAAACUAGCUUGGUUCAUAGUGCCACGUCGCAAGAGCGAUAA